CCCCGUGCGGUCGCGGCCCCGCAGUGGGGCUCUGAGCUGCCGUGUGUCCUCAUGCUCUGAGGCUCGUGGAGUGCGGUGAGUCAGGAUGUGAGGACCUCAGAUCCGCUGCAUUUUCCCAGCAUGGUAACAAUCUCUUUUAAGGAGCAGGGACUGCCUGUGCCUUCCUUCGCUCCGUUGCUGCCCGGCCUCCCUGCUAACUGCCCUGCCGAGUCACCAGCCCUGCCCCCCGGCAUCUUUUCUCUGGCAGAAGGCUCAGCACUGCGAUGCCGCCUCACCUCUGGUACAACAAUAACCGUAACGCACCGAGGGGGAGAAGAGGAGGAGGGAAAAAGAAAUGUUGCCUCUGCUGCUCUGAGAUUGGUUUCAGUGAUCCUGCUUUUCCCUCCUGCUAUCUUUUCCUUGUAUUUCUAGUGUUUUUGUUGCUUACCUUCUCGCUUGUGCCUAACAGUGCCGCUGGGGGAAGGUGCUCACAUCUUACGCUCAUGUGGAAUCUAUUUAAGACCCUUCGCGGGGCCUCAUUCCAAACUAUGUGCCCUUCAACCUAAACUCUGCAGCAGAAUCUCGAUUUUUUUGAGAGACCUAUUUGGAGUCUUGCAACACAUGAGAAAGUUUGGCAGCGUUGUAAACCGAGCGAAAAAGGCUGGGGUUGUAUUGCUGAAUUAAAUGCAGAAGGAAUCGGUUGUUCUUUUCUUCACGUUGUACCUUGCACUGACAUGAAACCUAAAUUAGUGGAGUGGAAAUACGUGCUCAGUACCUUUUUUUUGGUGGCUAAGCUAAACAGCUUGAAAUCACUUUUUGGAGAAUAAGGGCUUGCCCUCUCUGGUGUAUGAGGAUUCAUUCUCCUGAGUCUCCUCGCUGGCUGAGCCUGACCCGGUACCCAGUUGGGGUGUCUUGCAGCCAAGCCCAUGCUCUGGAGCACCGGCAGAUGGGGCGUGCAGCGCGCCUUGGAAAGAGAACUUCCUCUUUAAAGCUACGUAUUAGCAAAGGAGGAUUUCUGAUGGGUGGAGUUUUCCCUGCAAGCAUGCUAGAUAAAGGCUUGCAGGACUUACAGACCUCUCAGACUGCAAUCAGCAUGAACUGCAGCCUGCCAGACAGAGUGCUGUUCAGCUACGGGAUGGAUAGACAGCGGGACAGGUUGUGCCUUCAGUCUCUCUGGGACUUUGUAACAGCAAAGGAGCCAUGGAUCAAGUCACCGUUUUUCCCAGUGCUGUUUUCUUUUACAGCAUACAUGGCUUUCUGUCUUCCAUAUAUUGUACUGGACUUUGCAAGCAUUAGACUACCAAACUUGAGAAAAUACAAAAUCCAGCCUCAGAACUAUCCAACUCUUGGAAUGAUGGUGCCUUGCAUUAUUCAAAGUGCAUAUCACCAUGUUGUUUUGAUCUUCCCAGUGACAUUUCUCCACUGGUAUUGGAGACCGAUGAGUCUGCCAGUGAUGGCUCCAGAGCUGCCAGAGGUCCUGCUGGAAGUAGCAGUUUGCCUGCUUCUGUUUGAUUUUGAGUACUUUCUGUGGCAUUUGCUUCAUCACAAGGUGCCUUGGCUCUACAAGACCUUCCACAAGGUGCAUCACAAGCAUGUGUCAACAUUUGCUCUUACUACACAGUAUUCCAGUGUAUGGGAGUUGCUCUCACUGGGUUUUUUUGCUGCUAUCAACCCAGUGCUCCUUGGAUGCCAUCCUUUGACAGAAAUGAUUUUCUUCCUUGUAAACAUUUGGUUGUCAGUGGAGGACCAUUCAGGAUAUGACCUUCCAUGGUCAACUCACCGACUCGUGCCUUUUGGUUUGUAUGGAGGAGCACCACAUCAUGAUCUUCAUCAUCUGAAAUUCAAAUCAAACUAUGCUCCUUACUUCACACACUGGGACAAACUCUUUGGGACAUUUACAGAGUCACAUUCUAAUUAAGGAUAUUUAACCUGUGGACAAACUCUUAAUUUUUUAUAGACUAUACUGGGACAUCAAUUUUUCAAAGACCCACAGAAGAUUGUAUAUCUGAAGCUGCCUAUAAAAGCUAUAGCUAUUUAUAACAAAUCCUUUUAAUAUAUGUGUAUUUGUAUGUGUACUUGGAACUGCUUAUGUUAAAUGACUGCGCAUGAGAGGGUCGUAACUGUUGCUUAAAUUUGUUUCAGUCAAAGGUGUAAGGGAAGCAUUAAGAGACAUUCUCUCAUCUUUCCUUCUUUCCAGCUUUCAUAAAGCAUGUAUUGUAUUACUGUAUGAUGUUUUAUGCAUACACCACAACAAUUAUCUUACUGUUGUAGGAUGAUUUAUGAUGUAAACAGAAAAGGUACACAUAAUGGAUUUUGUGGAAUUUAACUGCUAGAGCAUAUUAUUGCACACCUAUGUUGUAAAAUAUUGUUGCCAAGCAAAGCUAAUUGGCUAACUGUGCAAUAAUGUUGAUAUUUAUAUUUUAAACCUUGAUGUACUGUCUGUUUUUAAUAGAAAAUAA